AUGUCUGAUUACGACCACUUUGGGAGCUCCGAGGAGGAGAGCGCCGAGAUCAAGAAGCUCCAGGCCGAUGUGGAUGUCGAUCCCGAUAACUUCGAGACCUGGGAGAAGCUGGUUCGCGCCUGCGAGGGUCUGGAGGGCGGCCUGAACCGCAACUCUAGCCCCCAGGCCCUUGCUACUCUUCGCGAUGCCUACGAUCGCUUCCUCCUCAAAUUCCCUCUGCUCUUUGGCUACUGGAAGAAGUACGCCGACCUCGAGUUCAACAUUGCUGGACCCGAGUCAGCAGAGAUGGUCUACGAGCGAGGAUGCGCCAGCAUCACCAAUUCUGUCGACUUGUGGACCGACUACUGCUCCUUCAAAAUGGAGACCACCCACGUCCCACACCUCGUCAGAGAGCUCUUUGAACGCGGCGCAACCUGUGUCGGCCUCGACUUCCUCGCACACCCGUUCUGGGAUAAGUACAUUGAGUAUGAAGAGCGACAGGAAGCCCAAGACAAAAUCUUUGCCAUCCUGUCUCGUGUCAUCCAUAUCCCGAUGCACCAGUACGCUCGUUACUUUGAACGAUUCCGCCAGCUCUCCCACAGCCGCCCCGUUACCGAGCUCGUUCCAGCUGAGACGCUGCAGAGAUUCCAGGUCGAAGUGGAGGCAGAAAGCGCCCAGUAUGCCGGUGUGCAGCGAACGGAGCUCGAGGUCGAACGCGACGUCCGCACCAAGAUUGACGCCAUGUACUAUGAGUACUUCACACAGACGCAAUCUGAGACCAACAAGCGAUGGACCUACGAAUCCGAGAUGAAGCGCCCUUACUUCCACGUAACGGAGCUUGAGAGCUCGCAGCUCACCAACUGGCGCAAGUACCUCGACUUUGAAGAGUCAGAGGGGAACACCACCCGCAUCGUCUUCCUUUAUGAGCGGUGCUUGGUGACAUGCGCUUUCUACGACGAAUUUUGGUUCCGCUAUGCUCGCUGGAUGUCCGCGCAAGAGGGCAAGGAAGAAGAGGUUAGGAUCAUCUACCAAAGAGCUGCCACCAUGUUCGUACCCAUCAGCCGUCCUGGCAUCAGGCUGCAAUUUGCCUACUUUGAGGAAAGCUGCGGUCGUAUCGACAUAGCUCGCGAUAUUCAUGCAUCCAUCCUCAUGAAGUUGCCCGACUGCAUUGAGGCCAUCACCUCAUGGGCUCACCUUCAGCGUCGCCAGAGCGGUCUGGACGCUGCUGUCGAGGUUUUCAAGGCGCAGAUCGACUCGCCUCAAGUGGAUAUUUUUACUAAGGCAGCUCUGGUCACCGAGUGGGCCUUGUUCUUGUGGAAGGUCAAGGGCUCAGUGGAAGAAGCACGCAACGUCUUCCUCAAGAACGUACAGUGGUACGCCGACAGCCGUGUCUUCUGGGACAAGUGGCUCGAGUUCGAGCUUCAGCAGGCGACAAGCACGGAGCUGGAGGAUCAGCACGGCGACCGCAUCAAGCAGAUCUUUGACGAACUCCGGAGCAAGAGCCGUUUGUCAGCUUCGACAAAGAAGGAGUUGUAUCAGAUUUACCUGUCAUACCUGCAGCAGCGGGGCGGCAAGGAUGCGAUGAAGCAGUUUCUUGCCAUUGACCGGGAGAUCUUUGGGCCAAGUUCGAUCUCACUGCUGGCCAAGGACAAGGUUGGCGGAAAAGAGAACGGAGCUGCCGUGGCCGAGUUGGACGAGGUAACAAGAUACCGAGCCGAAGCCAGGUAUCUCAGAUACUACGAGCUCCAAGGCGAGCCAGACCUCGAGGGCCAGGCCACAGCGCCAUUCAACUAAGCGGACGUGGCACCACUCGUCGUGGUGUGGGUUUUAAUGCUCCAGGAGUUCCCGGUCCCUUGGGUAUUUUUACUCCUCGAUUUUCUUGUACUAUAUGAGUCGAUUUGACGACAGAUGAUGUGCGGAUGGCCGGCCUCGGGGAAAUUGUAUUGUAUCCAGUGUUAUGAAGGUGGUCUACAUAGAGACCGGCGACGACCCGUACGGAUAGACCAUGACUGUUGGGGUGGAGGGGUUUGCUGAAGGCGCCAACUGGGUCGAUGUUGUAGCUCUUGAGCACUACAAAACGCAUUAUCACAGCAGAAAUAAUAGCUCUUCAAAUGAAC